AUGGCGCCUAAACACUGCUUCCUAGGCUUCCUCAUCACCGGCUUCCUGACUGGUGCAGUAGAAACUCACCCAGCCCAUAAGUCUCUGAUGCCUCAGAGAGUACAUUUCCAGUCCCGAAAUUUUCACAACAUUUUGCACUGGCAGCCUGGGAGGGCUUGUGCCAGCAACAGCUGCAUUUACUUUGUGCAAUAUAAAAUGUACGGACAGAAACAGUGGAAAAAUAAAGAGGACUGUUGGGGUAUUCAAGAAUUCUUUUGUGACCUUACCGAUGAAACCUCAGAUGUACAGGAGGCUUAUUACGGAAGGGUGAGGACCGGCGUGGCUGGGACCCACUCAAGCUGGACCAUGACACAGCGGUUCACUCCCUGGUGGGAAACAAAAAUAGAUCCUCCAGUUAUGAAUAUAACCCAAGUUAAUGGAUCCUUGUUGGUGAUUCUCCAUGCUCCAAAUAUACCAUAUAGAAACCAGAACGGAAAAAAUGUAUCCAUGGAAAAUUACUAUGAGCUAGUAUACCGAGUCUUUAUAAUUAACAAUUCACUAGAAAAGGAGCAAAAGGUAUAUGAAGGAGCCCGCAGAGUGGUUGAAAUCGAAGCUGUCACGCCUCACACGGGUUACUGCGCGGUGGCCGAAAUCUACCAGCCCGUGCUGGGCAGGAGAAGUCAGAGGAGCCAAGAGCGAUGCGUGCGAGUUCCUUAA